AUGAGGUUCCUCACGGGACUGCUCGUGCUGGGCAUGUCCCUUUGGACUGCUCAAGCCUACGAGGUUGGACUGAGCGAGAAAGAUGGUUACCAGGAGUUCUGCACCGGCAUGUAUAGCCGAAGCUCAUGGGGUGGACCCGUCGAUCCCUUCAUCCUCACCAAGUUCCUCAACACCAGCCAGUCUAACGACAAAGAUCCGAUCGCCAGCUUGGUGAUAUUCGAGUGGAAGGACAGGGGCCUCGUUGGAGUACAGGAUCCCGAUAACCCCGCCAACCGAUUUGGAGUCUGCAGGGACGAUCUGAUCAAGCAAAACUUCUGUAACGAGACCGACAAGGGCAAGUUUAUCCUGGCCCCCGACGCCGACAAGAGGUCAUCGACCUUGAUCCUCACCAAGGCUGUCCACCUCAACAAGGCCACCCCGAUCAACUAUGCCAUCAAGAAGACCGGUUACUACUGUGUCUUGACGGGCAAGUACAACACCGAGAAAUACGAUGCCGUUGUCGAGUACCGCAACGCCUACGGCGAGCUUCAGGCCACUCAAAUCCCCAAGUUGCCCUUCUAUGGCGGAAUGACUAUCCUUUAUGCUCUGAUCGCCGUCUUCUGGGGUUUCUUGUACUAUCAGCACCGUCAUGACAUCUUGGCUGUGCAAAACUACAUUACGGCCAUCUUGAUCUUUUUGGUCCUCGAGAUGCUCAUGACUUGGGGUUUCUAUGACUACCAAAACCGCAAUGGCGCCAACAUUGGGUCCAAGGUUCUACUCACUGUUGUUGGAGUUCUCAAUGCGGCACGAAACUCGUUCUCCUUCUUCCUGCUGCUCAUCGUCUGUAUGGGCUAUGGCGUGGUGAAGCCCACACUUGGUAGAACCAUGAUUUGGGUCCGAUGGCUUGCUGCUGCACACUUCCUGUUUGGACUGGUGUACUCCAUCACCAAUCUCUCCAUCACUCCUGAGACCGCAGGCCCCUUUAUCCUCCUGAUUGUGCUCCCCCUGGCUGGCACACUCACUGCCUUCUAUGUGUGGACGCUCAACUCUCUCAACUUCACUCUUAAGGACCUCCGUGAGCGAAAGCAGCAUGCCAAGGAGGCCAUGUACAGGAAACUUUGGUGGGCCAUCCUCAUCAGCGUCCUAGUCAUCUUUGGAUUCUUCUUCUUCAACAGCUUCACCUUUGCCUCUUCCAGCGACCCUGACUUUGUCCCCUUCCACUGGAAGACGCGAUGGUUUGUCCUUGAUGGCUGGCUGAACAUUGUGUACUUGGCGGACGUUGCCUGGAUCGCUUACCUCUGGCGCCCUACUGCCAACAACCGCCGUUUCGCCAUGAGUGACGAGAUCGCCCAGGACGAUGACGGCAACUUUGAGAUUGGCGACAUUGGUGUCCCUGGAGAAGAUUCAGAUGAUGAGGAGGCUCAGUUGGGCAAGCCCCAGAACAACUCUCAGGCUUCCAACGGCCUGUCGUUCUCUGGCUCGUCACAAAGUGCCAGCCAACAACGAAACACUCGCACAGCUCCUCGCGAGUCACUAGAAAACGAGACCAUCUUUGCCAUUGGCGAGGACGGAGACAAGUUUUCUGAUGAUGGAAGUGACGACGAGGACGCGAAGCUUGUAAAAGGCAAAUAA